AUGCGUCUCGGCCGAAUUAUUUCCGGUGGUGCAAAGGGUCCCGGUCUAUUCUUUAUUUUACCUUGCGUCGAUACGAUAAUGAAAAUCGAUUUAAGAACUGUUACCUUUGAUGUACCACCUCAAGAAAUUCUAACACGUGAUUCUGUGACUGUAUCAGUUGAUGCUGUAGUCUAUUUUCGAAUUUUCAAUCCAGUUAUUAGCGUGACUAAUGUUGAAAAUUCACGCGUCUCAACACAACUACUAGCUGCUACAACAUUACGAAAUAUAUUAGGUACGAAGACAUUGCAAGAAAUUUUGAGUGAUCGGGAAAAUAUUUCACAUUCGAUGCAAGCACAUCUUGAUGAAGGAACGGAUCCGUGGGGUGUUAAAGUUGAAAGAGUAGAAAUUAAGGAUGUCCGUCUUCCAGUGAGUAUGCAGCGUAGUAUGGCGGCUGAAGCCGAAGCUACACGCGAAGCUCGUGCAAAGAUUAUUUCUGCCGAAGGUGAACAGAAAGCUUCACGAUCCCUCAAAGAAGCUGCCGAUAUUAUCAAUCAAAGUCCAAUUGCUUUACAACUGCGCUAUCUUCAAACGCUAACGACUAUAUCGGCUGAGAAGAAUUCCACCAUCGUAUUUCCGAUUCCAAUCGAACUUCUUUCAUUGGUGAAAAAGUAA